UCUAGACAGUGCAAGUCGUUGUCUGUGUAUGAAGUUGAAGUGUGCAUAAUAGAUUUCUUACUGGCUUGCAUUGCACUGACUCCACGUUGUCGCCACUACGAUAACAAGAACUGUGAGAGGUUGGAUCACCGAGCAUUUCAAUGGCAAUUCCUAAGAAAAUCUGCAUUAUUGGCUCUGGCAAUUGGGGCUCUGCCAUUGCCAAGAUCAUUGGUGCAAAUGCUUCUCAAAACCCCAAUUUUGACAACACAGUUAAGAUGUGGGUUUUUGAGGAGAUGAUUGAUGGACGGAAACUGACUGAGAUCAUCAACACUGACCAUGAGAAUGUCAAGUACCUCCCUGGACGCAAACUUCCACCCAAUGUGUUGGCUGUUCCUGAUCUAGUGGAGGCCAGCAGUGAAGCAGACAUCCUGGUGUUUGUCAUCCCUCACCAGUUCAUAGGGCGAGUGUGUGACACCAUGAAGGGCAAGAUCAAGAGUGAUGCACUGGGGAUUUCCCUCAUCAAGGGUGUAGACGAGGGGCCUGAUGGACUGAAGCUCAUCUCUGAAGUGAUCCAAGACAAACUAGGGAUCGCUAUGAGUGUGCUCAUGGGUGCCAACAUAGCCAAUGAGGUCGCAGAUGAGAAGUUCUGUGAGACCACAAUCGGAUGUAAGAAUAAGAACAAUGGGGCUCUGUUGAAAGAGCUCUUGCAGACCAAAAACUUUCGGGUCACCGUGGUGGAGGAGUCUGAUGUGGUGGAGAUCUGUGGAGCCCUGAAGAACAUUGUGGCCGUGGGUGCAGGCUUCUGUGACGGUCUGGGCUUCGGGGACAACACUAAGGCAGCAGUGAUCCGGUUAGGCCUGAUGGAGAUGAUCGCCUUUGCUCGCAUAUUCUGCACCGCUGGGCCUGUUUCCUCGGCGACCUUUCUGGAGAGCUGUGGAGUUGCUGACCUUAUCACAACCUGCUAUGGAGGUCGCAACCGCAAGGUGGCUGAAGCGUUUGCAAAGACGGGAAAGUCAAUUGAAGAGUUGGAGAAGGAGAUGUUAAACGGGCAGAAACUCCAGGGACCAGCAACAGCAGCAGAAGUCCAUCUCAUCCUAAAGAACAAAAACCUGGUUGAUAAGUUCCCCCUGUUCAAUGCUGUGUACCAGAUAUGCUUCCAGGGGCGACCUGUCACAGAGUUCAUCAGCUGCUUGCAGAACCACCCAGAGCAUAUGUAAAUGACUAAGUGCCUUUAAAAUGGAGGAUCAUCCUUUUUAAUAACAGACUGAUAAAGCUACUCACAUCACGGCUCUGAUGCAUAAAGUAAACUCCCUCGUAAUGGUUUGAAGGGAAUAGUAAGUUCAUAUAGGACUGCAUUAGAGUAGUGGUGUGAAAUACCACUUCCUUUCUUUAUAAUUCUUUUUCAAAUCUGAAUUUUAAAAAAAUCACUCUUAGGCUGAACACGCACAUUGUUUUUCUUACCGUCCAAGGAAUAUGUCCUCGCUGUGUCUAAUGGCAAUUACUUUUAACUAGUUAAUUGUUUUUAUCUGAAUUGUCUAGUAUGUGCUGUUAUAAGUAUCUUAAUUCUGAGUGGGAGAUGUCUUAACUUGUACUGUAAGCAUUUAUAAAAUAGCAUAGCAACUGUUGACAAUGCAAGUGCCUUAAACUGUCACAUUGCUAAAAAAGUAUUGGCAGUUUUGUGGUUUGUGAAACCAAAGACCUCCUCUUAAAUUCCUUCUGUGAACACUAUAACCCGUGGCUUGUGUGUAAAAGAGUUUGUGAAAAGUAACAUUGCCUUUGCAGUAAAUGAUUGACAUCAAGUGCCAGUCCUCUUCAAUGGUCUGCUUACCAUCUCCCCAUAUGAUCAGGAAGGUAGCCAAUCCUUCUUUAGGGUAGCAUGGUCUAGGUGUACAGAUACAGCAAGCUAUUACUGUGGGAUCCCAGCACCGUAACGCAUGCUUUCCAAAUAAACUGUUGCCAUAUCAGGCUGUCAAUGCAUCAACCCCAUGGAACCAAAGCAACAUGAAACCUGGAGCUGACUAGCAGUGAGACAAAGGAGAUAAUGAAGACCAGCAGUUUACAAGGCUGUUUCGUGUAAACUUUAUUUUUUACAAGUCAUAAUCUCUCUGCCUUCUAACUAUAGACAUUCCAAGACAACAGUUGCUACAGCUUUAGCUACUAGCUUAGCUGGGUAGGUGGGACUAGACAAAUAGCAUGUGGAAUGCACGAGGAACUCGGGGACGAAGGGUGAUUCUUUGGUGGAGAGAGAGGUUUGCAACCGUAUGAAAGAUCAAGCCCUGCUGUAGUGGUUUAGCAAAAAAGACAAAUGCUUUGUCAUUACAGUUCUGAUAAUACCAUUCCAAAGAACUUGGAACUUGGCAAAAAGUAUUUGAGAAGCAAGGGAAAGCUGAGCUUUAUUACACAUCAUUAACUCAAAUGUAAAAAAAACAAACUGCAAAACUUAAAGUUCAUCUUACACAUCAAGCUUUUAAGUUUUAGAACUGUAAACUCGAUAUCUUUUU